AUGAAAAUUAAUACUAUCAUAUUGGCCUUGACAACGGCAUCUUCGGUAUUGGCCGGAAUUCUACCCCAGAAUAUCCCCCCAAGAACUGAGGAUCCUAUAAUUAUGGCAAAUCCGACCGAUUCCUCUGUGGUGCAAAUUGAAACUGGAGUUUCACAUCUUGAAAAAAGAAGCCCAAGGGAUGUUGUGGUUAACAAGCAAUGGUUGAAAGAAGAGUCCGAAAAAGUGCAUGGUACGAAUACAGAAGAGGCUCCUCCACCUUGGAUCAGAACAAUUCAUGAAAGUGUUGUGGAGGUUGUGACACCAACUAUUAUAGCCGGUGUGACGUUCAGCACAAAACCUUUGGAAACAACUGUUGGUACAGAAUGGUGGAUAAGUGUGAAGGAUGACGGAUCUCCAAAGACUAUUAAGCCAAAGCUUAAGAAUGGGCAGAUUAAACAUGGAUACCCGGAUGUCAAAACGUACUUCCAAACUGCAACAACAAUAGUUCAUAAGCAGGAAAACCUUAAGGCGCACAAUUUGAAAAAAGGUGAUGUUGUCGAAGAAGUUGUGAUGAUUCCAGAGGAUGACACAUAUGUGAAAUUAAGUCCUUUAAUGAGAUGUACACCGGACUUCUAUUUCAAGCGUGGUCCGGGCAACAUGGAAGAAUCUGAGCCAUUUUGCCGGCCAAAAGAUAACCAGAGACUUCGUGUUGGAAAAACGUACUUUUUAACGUGGUACUCAAGAUUUUACAACGAAGCAAAAAAUGUUCGAUUCCAUUAUGCAUACGUUAAGGAGAGUGCUAGUGAGAAAGGAAUGUGGAAAAGGGAUGCAAUUGCAGACCCUCGGGCUCCGAUUAAGGAUGUUUCCGAUAAGGUUGCGGAAAUUUUGCCAAAUAAAGGAUCCGAUUCAUCUAAAGGAGCUAUUGCUGGUGCUUUCCAUACCACCGAAUGGAUUUUGAACGAUCAAGGCUUUAUCCCAAUAGAUAUUCAGAAGAGCUGGCUUCGUGGGCACGUUUAUAGAAAAAUUUUAGUGGCAAUUCAGCCAGAUACAGUGGAUGACGAAGAUUUCAGUAUUUUAGAUGCGCCUCAUUUAAUCCUACAGUUUCAGUUGCAGGAAUCCGUCGGAAAAAAUAGAGGAGAGAUGAGAAGGAAGAUGGAUAUGACCACGAGUGGUGAUAGUGUCUAUUAUGUUAUCAUGCUUAUUCCAACCAUGGUUAUUUUGGCGCUCUUUAUCAUGUAUCUUUUUGUCCAGGCCAAUAAGAAGCAUAGAGAUCUCUCCGGUCUUCGCAAACCUCGGAAAUCUCGUUUCGGUAACGUCGGCAGAUAUUCAAUUCCUUAUGCUGAGACAGAUUUAAGGAAGCCGGGCUCCCUGAAGCAGUUGUAA